AUGGAGAUCAAAUGCCGAACCGACCGACUCAGACGAACGGAGUUUCACUUCUUCAGUGUGCCUGAUACACAUGGCUACUUCAAAGCCACACACCCGGCUGAACUGCCCGGCUCGGAAAAAAUCACUCGUAUUUAUAUUGAACUAAUCGAAGUCCCUAGACCACCGGGUGACGAAUCACGGGUCUAUAUCUAUGACAGCGAAAUCAAGGCACAGUCAUCGCAAUGGAAGACCUCAACCUCUCCAAAACCGAAGAAAGCACGAAUGAGUCAAAGCAAUGUGAAGACACCGUUGACAGUUUUCUUCGACUACAAAGGCACUGUUCUUCGUGAGUACGUUCCAGAUGGUCAGCCACUAAACAGACAGCACACAAGGUGUAUUACUUUCUCUUUAUGUUGUUGUUCUAAUACCUUCUUCUUCUUCUUCUUCUUCUUCUUCUUCUUCUUCUUCUUCAUUUUUAUUUCUUCCUGUCCCUUUAUCUUCUCUUUUUCCUCCUCCUUUUUCGUGCCCCUUCAGCUUAUAUUCAUUCAUUCAUUCAUUCAUUCAUUCAUUCAUGUUUCUUCAUUUAUUUUCGUUUUUCUAGUCCUUAUCCAAAUUUUCUUCCUUUUCAUUGUCCACUUCCUUUGGCCUUCUUCUUCUUUCGUUGUCCAGUUGUCUAUAUCUAUCUAUCUAUCUAUCUAUCUAUCUAUCUAUCUAACGCUAGUUACAUGUAUCAACAUAAAACUACAUCUCUCUCUCCCCCCCUCUCUCCCCCCCUCUCUCCCUCCCUCUCUCUCUCUCUCUCUCUCUUAUAUUACGAAGUUUGAAAAGUAA